CGUGUGCCUCUGCCAGGAGGUUUCUCUUUGGGAACGAUAAGGAAUCUGUGUUGGCGCUGCAGUGAGAAGUCACGUUUGUCCGAAAUAUCGAGUUAUCUAUCCUUCUUUCACAUACUUGACGGACGAGGUGUCGUGUGUUUGAGGUCUUUCGUACCUCAAUUAAAGAGUUUUAUCGAACGAAUUAUACGAUAAAAUAAUGGAAGAAUAUGCAAGAGAACCAUGCCCUUGGCGGAUAGUCGACGAUUGCGGCGGUGCCUUUACAAUGGGUGUCAUAGGCGGGGCAAUCUUUCAAAGCAUCAAAGGCUUCCGCAAUGCGCCAAGUGGUUGGAGGCAGCGUUUCACAGGCAGUGUUGUAGCGAUUAGGCAGCGAGCACCUAUCAUCGCUGGAAAUUUUGCUGUAUGGGGCGGAAUGUUUUCCACAAUUGAUUGCACGUUAGUCCACUUUAGAGGAGGAAAGGAAGAUCCUUAUAAUUCUAUCAUCAGCGGCGCGGCAACUGGUGGAAUUUUAGCGGCGAGAAACGGCUUACCAGCGAUGGUAGGCAGUGCAAUCAUUGGCGGAGUGCUGUUGGCACUGAUAGAAGGUGUAGGAAUUUGUUUCACGCGUCUCUCUGCUGAACAGUUCAAACCACCGUCGCUGGUUGAAGAUCCAUCGCAAUUUAGUCCACCGCCGCAAGGCUAUCCGUCAUAAUGUUCGAUAAAAUUCUUUAGAUUUAUUUCAAGUUAGAACAAAAUGUUCAAGUAACGAUGUUCAACAAUCUGUGCAUCAGAGUAUCGCUUGAACAUCUCCUUUUGCCAAUGUUAAAUUUAUAUGCAGCAUGGAAGUCUUAGACUUAAGAUUGAAUAACAUUUUAUGCUGUUUUCUUA